GCGUGUUUGUGGCUCAUAUGGUGAUUCUGUUCAUUUUUCCCUUUCUUUUAGUUUCAUGGAACAAACACAGAGAGUCCUGAGCCAACCCCCUCCCAUCCCCACUUCCCAGCCCAAGAAGAAAAGGACAUCGGUGCAAUCUAUCUUUUCCAAGGUCUCUUGGAAACUGAGGUUGCAGAAGCGGGAGCCUUUGAAGAAUGUGGUUUUCAUCUUGGCAGAAAGAGCCCGGGAUCCCAAUGCUGAAAAGCGCCAUCUGGCAAUGAGAGGCCUGGGCACCUUGGCCCGUGAAGCCCCUGACAAGCAGGUGAGAAGGUACAAAAAAGUUUUCCUUGACCUCCUGGUGCAUGGACUGUAUGAUACCCUGUGUUCUGAAGUGAUCCACGAGAGUGUGAAGACCCUGACCAUCAUGCUGGGCAAGAUCCAGGGCCAAGGCCUGGGCUCCUUCUUCAUAGACAUCACCCUUCAGACCAGGACUUUACUGGAUGAUGAGAAUGACAAUGUGCGGUACUCGGCCUUUGUUCUAUUUGGGCAAUUGGCUGCGUUUGCUGGGCGGAAAUGGAAGAAAUUUUUCACCCACCAGGUUAACCAGACACAGGAUUCUCUCCUGACCCAUUUACAGGACAAAAGCCCUCAGGUUGCCAAGGCUUGCAAAAUGACUGUUCGAGCCUGUGUUCCGUAUCUGAAACCCAGGAGGGAGCAGUGUUUCCAAAGUGAAGAAGAUCAGAGGAACCCCAGGCUUUCCCGGCAGCUGAGCCAUUAUCAUCCUGAGGUUCUGCUGUUCCUCUAUGCUAAUAAAAUCCUCUAAGUCCAGAGAGGCAGAGGAAAUGGCUCCAUGUGAGUGACCAGCUCCGGGCAUCCUGUUCCUGCUGCUGUCUCAUUGGGUACCUCUUUGACUCUUCUCAUGUGACUGCUACAGAAAAGAGGAUGUCAGAGAGCAACUGAGGGGGCGGGGGAUUACUCUGGAAGUGUACUCUGCACCCAAAGUAAAAUUCUACAUUACUUCCACG